AUCCUUCAGUACUCGUGUGCUGCCAGAAAGGAAAGCUUAUUUCAAAAUGAAAUUCAUCCUCCUUGCUGCUUGCAUCCUUGGGAUGGCUCUCUGUGCACCUCAGCGGGAGAUGUACAUGGAGUUUGAUAUCCAUCAUGCUCCAGCUCAGGCAGCCCAGGCCAUCCCUGCUGGAGCCCCUGUUGGAACUCUGGAAGUUCUUCUCCCGGUCGAUGCCCAGAGACAGCUUGUUGGAGGACCUGUCCGUGGUUUCAUCAAGCAAGAAAUCCCCGAGCCAAACGGCAGAGAGACCAAGGAGGUGUUCUACCCUUUUGGUUUUGACCUGCCGGAUCCUGCUGCUGCUGCUCCCGUUGCCCCUGCUGCUCCCGCUGCCCCUGCUGCUCCAGCUGUCCCUGCUGCCCCCGCUGCCCCCGUUGAACCUAUCAUUUCUGCUGGUGCCUCUCCUGCCAAACCCAGCGGUGAUGAUGAUGAUGAUGACGAUGACUAAAAAAAAUCAGAGUCAGCAGAAUGUGCACAUUUGUGCGUACACAGGUGACUCACAGCUUACCAGAGUGAAAGAUGACGAGCCAACACUGCAGUUUCCCAAAGUAUGAAAAAUGUGAUGUCAUGCCUUUGAAAAGAAAAGGGUGCUGUGCAACUGCUAUUUUACAAAAAAAUUGGUGCAAUGCUUUCCUAUGGAAAAGAAGGCAAAAAGUGCAAGUCUUGUGAUCAAAAAAACAAAAAAAUGGUUAUAUGCAACAACUGUUUUUCAUCCCUGGUUAUCUAAGUUUACUCCCUCUUCUCCGGGAUAGGAGAUAAGAACAAGCAACAAGUUUCUUCAAUUGAAUUUUCCUGUCUCUAUGCUUUAUAACAAA